AUGGCGUUGCAGCCGGAAAUCGACGACAACAUCGAGGACAUCCUGCUCCGCCUCCCGUCGCCGGCCUCCCUCGCUCGAGCCGCGCUCGCGUCACGCCGCUGGCGCGGCAUCGCCUCAAGCCCCCGCUUCCUCCGGCGCUUCCGCGAGCUCCACCCCUGGUCGUCCGUCCUCGGCCUCUUCGUCACCCACGCGGACCUCGACCAGCUCCCCAUCUUCCACCCCGCGGCCGCCGUCCGGUCCGACGCAGACCUCGCGGCUGCGGCGCGCAGGGCCGACUUCCUGCUCACCCGCCUCGAGCACGAUCCGGCGUGGCGCCUCCGGGACUUCCGCAACGGCCGCCUCCUCCUCUGCAGAGGCGACUCCCUCUCCGUCUACGACCCCGUCUCCGUCUCCCACCGCCACGUCGCCGUGCCCCGUCCACGAAACGAAGCCCUCCCCGAGCCAGAGUACAUAUCGGACUGCUUGCUCGACCUCGACGGCCAUGGAGAUGGAGAAUGUGGCGCGCCGUGCUUCCGCGUGGUCACCGUGCAGCGGGAGCGAGACGGCCAAAGGAUGCGAGCCAUGGAGUACGGCUCCCGUGCGGCAGGGUGGCGCGUCCACCCGUGGGUGGACCGCAUGCGGCGGCCGAUGCACGCUGCCGCGGCCGGGCUCAUCUUUUGGAAAUAUGACAUGAAUUCCUCGCUCUUGCUCGACACCAGCACCAUGGCGUUCUCAAUUGUCCCGCUCCCAGUUCCACGUACACGAGUAUACGCCAUUGGAGACACCGAUGCCGGUGCGUGUUGCCUUUUGAAUAUCGUCGGCGCGACCAUGUUGCAAGUGUGGCUGCUCAAGAAGAAGAACGGCGUCGGCGGUGGGCGUGCGUGGGAGUUGGAGAAGCAAAGCCAAAUAGGCGAACUUGCCAACUUGAACCGGAGGUUUUCCGUCCAUAUGGUGUCUGCCGGACUAGCAAUUGUUUACUGUGUGAGUAGCAAGUAUUCUCAUAUCGUCAUUGAUCUCAAGGACCUGAGCCUCAAGGACAAGUUUCGAUGUCAUCGUUGCAUGGCUUUCCCUUUCCAAAUGCCAUGGCCACCUGCUGGGUUGGUGGCUACUCCUACGUGUGAGAGAUCAACACCUCAACCCUAUGCUUGCAAAGAAACUGAUUAUCGAAUUGAGCUGAUAAUACCACCAUUUGGCACUAGCAACUGUCGUGAUAGACUGAAUCUUUUGUUACCGAUUGAAUUAUACAACUGA